UAAAUUAUUAAUAUCCAUAACCAUUCUAAAAUUGAAAUUCCAAACAUGGAAAUAAACUAGCGAAAAAUGCGAUAGUAAUCUUCGAUGAUCAAUAGUACACUUGGUCAAGCUUUAGUCCACGGGCAGCAGUCACAUCGCGUCCCACCCCCUGUUGCUGAGAGACUAUUAUACCUCAAUUUUGUUUGGCUGGACGAUUUACUCUUUUGAAAACCCCAUUUGCUGCUGAAUAAUCAACCCGUUGAUUUACGCAAGAAUUUUGCUCACUCAGAUGAUCCAAAUCGCCCGGCGCUGGCCUCAAGUCCCCAGUCUCAACCAGGCUGAAAAUGAUUAGUGAUAAAUGGAUUCCUCCAAAACUUGGUUUGAAAUGAUAAACAUUUAAAAUGAUUAGUGAUAAAUGGAUUCCUCAAAGAAGAGAAGUGAGAGAUGCCAGACCUGUCACCGUCUAUCAUUGCUAGUGGCAAAAUGGCACAUUUGCACGUUCCUGUGCACUCCACAUAAAAAUAUUUGACAAAUCAAGGUUUUGAAGUCAUCAAAAAGGAGUAAAAGACAACGAUACUUUAACUGUGGAUGGGUGCAGAAAUUGUUGGCCGCGUGAGACUAAUAUCACAGAUUCUGCGUGAAACAUGGAUUCCUACUCCUUGUCACACUUAAUACUGUGAUGUGCAAGAGCAAGAAGAUGGAUCCGUUCCACGUUUCUGCAGUUGCCAUGUUCUGCAAAGCGCACUCGGUCCUCCUGUCCAUCUUUAGUCCACAUCAACGCAUCGCACCUCAUUGCUUAAGAGUCAAGACUCGUCCCUUGGGUUCUGCUGAAGUAUUUAUUUUUAUUUUGAAAAAAUCAUCAUCCACGCAAUUCUGACUCUAGCUGUCUUCCACCUCCAUCUUUUUGUCUUUUAAAAAAUUAUCGACCGCGCAAAUCGCAAUUGAUGACAAAACUGUGGGGAGGGAAGGACAAAACUGUGGUGGGAAUACGAGCAGUGCUCCACUUGCUUACAAAAUGUACUCCCUCCAUCCGAAAAUACUUAUCGAAGAAAUGCAUAAAAAUGAAUGUAUGUAGAACUAAAAUACAUCUAGAUACAUCCAUUCCUUCGACGAGUAUUUCCGGACGGAAGGAGUAUUUGGACUACAUGGACAACGACAAAGACAAAGCUCCGUUCCUUGCUCUGAGCAUAACAACACAUCCUAUGGUGGGAAUACGUUUGCGAUAAAACUGUGGGACACUGCACCAACUAAAUAUGGAUCAAGACAUUUGGAUGCUGACUCUCUCUAGUGUGUGUGGAAAAGUAAAUACUCGUCCACAGAACCAGUCAAAGGCGUUGUCUAAUAUCACUUGUAUUAUCUUCUCCCUCAACUAUGUUCUUCCAUAUUAUCUGUCAAGUUUGUGCCGUCCUUCUCCGUUACCAGAUCAGUCUCCUCAAUUCAGACCGCUGACAUGUAUCCAACCUCACUGCUCUCCAUCUUGGUCUCACUGUUCCUCUUCCAUCAACGGGUACAUGCCGAGUGUGAGCCGGUGGCGUGCGGGAACUUCACCAUCAAGUACCCGUUCUGGCUCGGCACGCGCAGCCGACCCCCGCCGGAGCCCUACUGCGGCCACCCAUCCUUCGAGCUCUGGUGCAUCGGCAGCAACACCACGGCUUCCAUGAGCGGAUCCCCCAUCCACGUCCACAGCAUCGACUACGGCGCCCAAUCCUUCGUCGUCGUCCACAGCAGAGUCGCCGCGGGCAUGGACGGCGUGUGCCUUGCCGACUUCAACGUCUCGUCCAGCCUCGCCCUCAGCCCGUUCAGGAUCAGCCCAAGCAACCGUGCCCUGGGCUUCCUGUUCAACUGCAACGGGACGGAGCCACGCGGGAGUGAGUACGCAAAAGCCACCGCGGGCUGCAAUAGGCCCAUCGUCGCGUACCUGGGCGGGAGCUUCGUUCGGGACACGCCGCCGGCGAUCCCGACCGGGGACUGCACGUACACGUACCACCCGGUGCUCGGGACGGAGGUGGCGGUGUCAACGGCGGCCAACUACAGCCGGCUCCUGAAGGCCGGGUUCCUGUUGGACUGGGCGGGCACCCGCAUCGGCACCGGCAACUGCCCCGCCUGCAUCGCCAGCGGGGGGGGGCAGUGCCGGUACCGCAGCGCAACUGCGUCGCUCGCCUGCCUCUGCCCCGACGGGAAGCUGCACGGCCCGACAUGCGCCGGUAGCAAGGGAACUAGCAAGAUGAUUAUGCUAAUAGCUGUGACAUCAGCAGCUGGAGCCUUGCUCUUUACAUGUAUUUAUGUCCUGGUGUGGCGCAAAAAAGGGAAAAUACUAUGGCUUCUCCUUUGCAAGAAGACCAGCAGGAAAACUGAAAAAAAUUAUGAGGCAAUGAUAGUUUCGUAUGGAUCCCUAGCUCCAAAAAGAUACAUGUACUCAGAGGUAAUGAAGAUAACGUCUUCUCGCAACAAUCAGCUUGGAAAAGGUGGUUAUGGUGUGGUCUUCAAAGAAAGACUACAUGAUGGUCGUCUGGUUGCUGUGAAAUUCUUGCAUGACUGCAAAGGAAAUGGGGAUGAGUUUGUGAAUGAGGUUAUGAGCAUUGGAAGGAUCUCGCAUGUUAAUGUUGUUAGCUUGUGUGGGUUUUGUUUGGAGGGAUCAAAACGAGCUCUUAUAUAUGAGUACAUGCCCAACGGUUCCUUAGAUAAGUACAUUUACUCAGAGAACCCCAAAGAAAUUUUAGCAUGGGAGAGGCUCUAUGCGAUAGCACUCGGGAUUGCUCGUGGCCUCGAAUACUUGCACCAUAGUUGUAAUACAAGUAUCGUCCAUUUCGAUAUCAAGCCCCAAAAUAUCCUUCUAGACAAGGAUUUUAGCCCGAAGAUUGCUGAUUUUGGUCUAGCUAAAUUGUGUUAUACAAAGGAGAGCAAGCUUUCAAUGACUGGUGCUAGAGGAACAAUUGGAUUCAUCGCUCCAGAAGUUCACUCUCGAACAUUUGGAGUGGUUUCAACAAAGUCAGAUGUUUAUAGUUAUGGAAUGAUGCUUUUGGAGAUGGUUGGAGGAAGGAGAAAUGUAAAAUCAACUGUUGCAAAAUCCAGUGAAAAGUAUUUUCCAGACUGGAUUUAUGAUCACUUUGCGCAAGAUGAUGGAUUACAAGCAUGUGAAGUCACAAGAGAAACUGAGGAAAUAGCAAGAAAGAUGACAUUAAUUGGCUUGUGGUGCGUACAGAUAUUGCCUGCAUAUCGCCCUACCAUAACCAAAGUUCUAGAAAUGUUCGAGAGAAGCUCAGAUGACAUGGACAUGCCACCGAAGCAAAACUUCUCAGGAUUGCUUGAAAGUUCAGCUCACAAUAUGGAUGUACAAAGUCCAAGUUCUACCAGAUCCGAGGAGAUCAGCCUUGUGAAUUCAAAAAUCCUACAACAAUCGCCAACUCUUUGAGCAGAUAGGCCAUGUGAAUCAAAGAACCUACAUUCAUUUCCAACACUGUGAGAAGAUGGCCUGUACUAGAGUACAUUCAGAAAUUGAACAAGCGCAGCGAAAUUCGGCAUUGUAGUAGAACAUAUUCCAUGUAUGCAUGACCUAGAAUCAAGAGCAUCCACAUGCCAGCGUCCGAAGUUACGGACCACAGAAGGAAUAACAUUAAUCUGAUGAGUGUUGUGUUCUAACUGCUAAAAGGCAUCGGAGGAAAACAGCUACCAAGGCCUUCUUGACUGUAAAUUUCCCCCAAAACUGAAUAUAUGCGAUUAGGCUCUAAAAUUUCA